UCAGCUGAUACACUCGCAGAUGAUUGCUGCUCUCAGAUCGGCUAAUCUAUUUCAGUCGUCGUGACAUCUACGUGUUGCCGUGAACUUCUAAUUUACCGAGAAAAGUAUUUAGUACAAAAGUAUUUUGAAACCGGGAAAACCCCGUGAUUGCGUGACCUUUCCGGAUAUUUCGUCAUGUUUGCAGGAGGCUAUUUCAUUUUGGAAUAUUACCCAAACUGGUUUCUCCUCCUCAUGACCAGUGAAACCUUUCCCAGCAUAAUGAAUGUGAGGAGAGUGGAGAAGACAGUUCUGAGUGUGGAACAGUCAGAGGGAGUCGGUGCUCGUGUCCGCAGGAGCAUCGGUAGAAAGGAGCUGAGAAACCUGGAUCCCUUCCUGAUGUUGGAUGAGUUUAGAGUGAGCAAGCCGGCAGGAUUUCCAGACCAUCCUCACAGAGGAUUUGAGACAGUAACAUAUGUUUUAGAGGGGAUCACGGCCCAUGAAGACUUCUGUGGCCAUUCAGGACUACUGAAACCUGGAGAUCUGCAGUGGAUGACUGCGGGACGGGGGGUGGUUCAUGCUGAGAUGCCCGCAUCAGAGGAGCCAGUGGUGGGCUUACAGCUGUGGGUGAAUCUGCCAGGACGAGACAAGAUGGUGGAACCAGCGUACCAGGAGCUUAAAGGCUCAGAGAUCCCCAAACCCAGCCAGGGAGGAGUUACAGUUGCUGUGAUAUCUGGAGAGGCUCUGGGAGCAAAGUCUAAGGUCUUCACAAGGACCCCGACCAUCUACUUGGACUUCAAACUGCAGGCAGGGGCCCUGCAUGUGCAGCAAGUCCCCUCAGGAUGGACUACAUUCAUCUACACACUAUCCGGAUCCAUUCAUGUCGGCCCAGAUGAGGAGCAGCAGAAGGUAGAGCCCCAUCAUACUGUGGUGUUUGGAGAUGGAGACUGUGUCAAAGUUGAAAACAAGAGCUCUGAGGUUUCCCAUUUUGUGCUGAUUGCUGGAGAGCCAAUCAAAGAGCCUGUGGUACAACAUGGUCCAUUUGUAAUGACCACAGAAGAAGAGAUCAGAGAGGCUGUAAGGGACUAUCAGACUGGCAAAAAUGGCUUUGAAAGGGCCGAAAACUGGAGGUCCAAGAUCAGAAACUCUUUCUGAACAUUAUGUAUUGUACUCCGUCUGUCUGUCCGUGGUGAAUAUAUUUACCUUACUUGUUUGCUACUAUAGAAGGAUUUACAGUUACUCAUCUGGGAGACGAUUUUAUCCAAAGCAACUUACAUUUGAGGAACAACACACAAGCAUCAAUCAAUCAGUGCAGUAAGCGAACUACGAGUGACAAAAAAAAUAGUAAGAGCAGGAAUAAAUGAUAGCACAACAUGGAAGUAAGAAAUGAAAAUGAGUGCAGCAGGAGUAUAAGUACUCUGAUUGCCCUCCGGAUUAACAAGACAAAAGGGUGGUUUCAGUGGGUGGGUCAGAGACACACACCCAGUUGUUUGUGAUUGCUCAGCUGGCCUUCAGUUUCUAGUAAAUUGCUCAGUAAAGUGCAAAGUGAUAGCACAACAGGAAGUAAGAAAUGAAAAUAGAGUAAAUAUUACCUUGUUGCUACAGUCUCUUAUUCGCCCAAGGGUGCUUGUUUUGAUGUUUAAAAAUGAGUAUUGGGUAUAGUGGUUAUAUCAGGAUAUGUUCUGUAUGUGUUUACAGAACAUUUAGUACUUUUCAGUGUCUUUUUUAACUUGUUACGUGUCCAAGUGCUUCAUGCGGGAGUGGACAACAUGCUCCAGUGUUAGCAGUAUAGUAGUUUACCCUCUCUCCAGAUCACAUUAAAAUAUUGUUUAAAAAAG